AUGUCGGUGCAUGCGUGGUUUGCAACCUCUCCCUACGUGACCCUCCUCUCACCUGCACCACCUGCUGCUGGUGCUGCCAUCACGAACGCGGCUGGCCCGAUGGCGACCGCAGCUUUGAGCCUGGCAGUAUUUAUGGCUGGAGGCCCCAUGAUUUGGGACGAGCGACGUCCCCCUUCUCGGUUGCUCCAGGGCGAGCAAGAGUUCUUCGAGUUUGAUAUCUGUGAUUCAAUGCAAGGUUCCGAUUUUCUCCCGGCAACGCAUUCCGGGCUUUCGGCAGCGCCUUAUUGGCCUGCCGAAUCGAGUGGCCCCCCGAGAUCCGAGCCGAGCAGCACCAUGGCAGACCGAAAUCCAGAGGGGCCAAACCCACUGGCAACGAUUGCGUACUGCCAUUUCGAUCAGCAUGUCGUACGAGUCGCAAUGACGGACCGCGGCGCUUCCAGAAGAUUAGCCCUGGUGCAAUUGGUGACAUGCAGCCUUAGUGCUUUAUUGGAGUGGUCCCCAAGCGGCGAGUCCAAGAGCAGCUAA